AUGCCUGCAACCGUUGAAAGUAGAGGGGCUACUGCUCCUCCUGUCCCGACAGUGUGCUCCUUCCGCAAGAUUCUUUCCCUUCUCGUAUUUGGGGGCAUUUGCACUGCCGCAGGCAUCGUCGCUGGUACUUCUGCCGGAAAGGAUGAGGAUACUCUCAAAGUUGCUGCGGCUUCUGUUCCUGCUGGCCCCUCCGCGCCAUCGGACAGCAUUCCAACUGCUACUGUGUCAGCUGCCGGUCGCCCCUUUCAGACUAUGUCUAAUCCGGACGAGGGCCCUCCUGAGGAUGAGAGCAAUCGCCCUUUUGCCUUUCCUGGAAAGAAGAAUGGUUACCGUGUCGUGCUUGAUGACUUUGACAAGGGAAAGGACCGUCUCACUUUUCCCAUGUCGAACGGCAAGAAAGUUGGGUUCAACAAGAUUCAAACCGACAAUGGAAAUCUUUGGAAGGGAGUCGCGCCAAAUGGCAAGAGCACCGCGACAUUCAUUGAAAAGGCUGUUGGGGAUGAGACUUUCCAAGUCGGAUCUCUUGUCAUCCUCGACAAUAAAGAAUGGACAAUUUGUCAAUUGCGCCCAGGUGAUGAAACUGGGAAAACUGAGAUGGAUUGCAUUCCGGGUGCAGACUUUCCAGAAGAGCAAGAGUCAGUCGAGAUUGACCUGGCCGAGAGCGAAGCAUUCAGCUUAUCUUUCACCGACGACGACGAUGAUGACCGUCGCUCUCUUCAAUCUCUGGCUACUAUCGACAUGAUGGUCCCUUGGACUCCGGAGGCAGAGUGUGCGGCUUCUGGUUUGGCUUACCCAUGCACUUUUUCCGCCAGAACUGAAGCGACCGUUCGUGGAAUCAUCGAACUUGCUAUCGAGGAGACAAACACCAUGUACCAAAACUCUGGUGUCAACGCUCAGCUGCGACUGGUGUAUUCAUAUCGUGUCAGUAGUUACACCGAAGAAACUACUGACCCCUUUCGUGCAGCUUUGUAUCAAUUGAAAAAUACGGACGAUGGCUUCAUGGAUGAAGUCCAUGAUUUGCGAGCACGGUAUGGCGCUGAUAUGGUUGCACUGAUUGUUGGAAGCUCUGACUAUUGUGGCAUGGCGUUUGUUGGUCCAAGUCCUUCGUGGAUGUUCUCGGUGACAUCAUAUCGCUGUGCAACUGGCUACUAUACGUUUGCGCAUGAGGUCAAUCACAAUAUGGGUUGCUACCACGACCGUGGAACCCAAAAUGAAUGUGAUUCAUCUGGAAAAAUUCAGUAUGGAUGGCGAGACCCUGGAGGCAACUUUCGGGAUGUCAUGGGCUACCGAUGCAAAACCGGUCAGUGUGAUAACAACCGCGGCGGUACAUGCCCAAGAGUCCAAAUGAUUUCCAACGACUAUGGAUUCCUGUAUGACGGAGAACCGAUUGGGGACGCCCGAAACACCUGUGCGAGACAUCUCAACGGCGUUGUAGGUGGUGUGUCACAAUACUUUCCAUAUGGUGGAAGUCCGGUACCGAGCCCAACCAAUCCUCCAAAACCAAAGCUGACUUCUGCUCCGACCAAGAAUCCUACUCCCAGACCGACAUCAAGUCCCAGUUCUCGUCCAACAGAAGCCCCUACUCCACGACCCACGCCAGGUCAAACCUCAACCAAUCCUCCAAAACCAAUGCCACCUACAGCUCGGCCUACCCUUCCACCCGCUUCACGUCCGACGCCUGAGCCUACUUUGCCACCUACGCCUCGACCUACACCUCGACCCACUGCAAAUCCCACGCCUCGCCCAACACCAGCGCCAACUCGAACUCCCACUCCUGGACCGACUCGUUGGCCCACUCGAGCACCCACUCCUGGACCGACUCGUUGGCCCACUCCAGCACCCACUCCUGGACCGACUCGUUGGCCCACUCCAGCACCCACUCCUGGACCGACUCGUUGGCCCACUCCAGCACCAACACCUGCACCUACUCCCUUACCGACGGCCCAACCUACUCCUGCACCAACCCCCGGGCCUACUUUGCAACCCACACCUGGGCCUACACCUCGACCCACGCUGCCAUCAACAAAGCCAUGUUUUCAAAGCAACUUUGAGCUUAAAAAUACAGUUGACGAUUGGUUCCAGUCUUUUGAAUUAAAGGCAUCAGUCGAGGCCCAGUAUGGGCAAAUCGGAGAUUGGUGCUUCAGUUCAGGUGUCACUAGUAUGAGAGAACUUUUCCGUGCUCGUAAUACUUUCAACGAGGAUAUUGGAAACUGGGAUGUAUCUUUUGUCAAAGAUAUGCAGUGGAUGUUUUUUGCUGCAUUGUCCUUCAAUCAAGACUUGUCUGUGUGGGAUGUGUCCUCUGUCACAACAAUGCAUCGGAUGUUUGCCAAUGCAGUUUCCUUCAACCAAGAUUUGUCGUCUUGGGAUGUUUCUUCUGUCACCGACAUGAGCAUGAUGUUCACUGGCGCAUCUUCCUUCAAUAACAAUUUAUCAACAUGGGACGUUUCUUCUGUGACCAAAAUGUGGGAAAUGUUCUACACAGCAACGUCAUUCAACCAAGACUUGUCCUCUUGGGAUGUCUCUUCUGUGACCUAUAUGAGUUCAAUGUUCCGCCGCGCGUCAUCGUUCAAUGGAAACAUAUCAUCGUGGAACGUGUCCUCUGUCAUUUCCAUGAGGGACAUGUUCCUUGAGGCGGUAUCCUUCAAUGGAGACUUACAAUUGUGGGACGUUUCUUCAGUCCAGAACAUGGGACAGAUGUUCACAGACGCAUUAGCUUUCAAUGGAGACUUGUCAUUGUGGGAUGUUUCUUCUGUGACCAAUAUGGGGUCAAUGUUCAAUGCCGCAUUAGCUUUCAAUGGAGAUAUUUCAUUAUGGGAUGUUUCUUCUGUGACCAAUAUGGGGUCAAUGUUCCGAAGAGCAAAAUCGUUCAAUGGAGACAUCUCAUUGUGGGAUGUUUCUUCAGUCUGGAACAUGGGGUCAAUGUUUAGUGUUGCAUCAGCUUUCAAUGGAGACAUAUCAUUAUGGGAUGUUUCUUCUGCAACUCAAAUGGGGUCAAUGUUUAGUGGUGCAUCAGCUUUCAAUGGAAAUAUACCAUCAUGGGACGUCUCUUCUGUCACAAGAAUGUAUGCUAUGUUCAGAGACGCAUCUGCUUUCAAUGGAGACAUAUCAUCAUGGGAUGUUUCUUCUGUGACCCGUACGGGGUAUAUGUUCCAAAGAGCAAGAUCGUUCAAUGGAGACAUUUCACUGUGGGACGUCUCUUCUGUUACAAACAUGCAAGAUAUGUUCCAAAGUGCAUCUACUUUCAAUGGAGACAUAUCUGCAUGGAAUGUAUCUUCGGCCACACAAAUGGGAACCAUGUUCGAAAGAGCAUCAGCUUUUAAUCAGGACUUGUCAGCAUGGGAUGUUUCUUCUGCUAAAAGUAUAUCUGGAAUGUUUCACAGGGCCUUUUCCUUCAAUCAGAAUCUUUGUGCAUGGGGACCGCGACUUUCCAGCGAUGUCUUACUUUCACCUUAUGAUCACAACUCAGAGUUUUCCCAAACAAGCUGCCCAUUGCGAUCAGGUCCAAACCUCUACUCGAAUCCACCAGGUCCCUUUUGCCAUGUUUGCACAUAG